ACCAGCAAGAGUUGCACCGGUCGAUCACAAAUUCACAAUGCAAGGCCUCGCGCCAUCUUCAAGGGUUGUCGUGCUCGCGACGUUUUUCCUGAUCGGUUUCGGCGUGGCCGCCGCCGACGGCCGGAGGAGGCUCGUCUCCGGCAGCCCCGACGAGCCGUGCAGGCAGAUGACGCUCUACUACCACGACAUCCUCCACGACGGGGCCAACAACACGGCCAACGCGACGUCGGCGGCGGCGACGAGCCCGCCGGCGCUGAGCAACGACACCUACUUCGGCAUGCUGGUGGUAUUCGACGACCCGGUGACGGAGGGCCAGGCGCUGCCCGCCGGGGCCGAGGAGGAGCCGGCGGCGCGCGCGCAGGGGUUCUACUUCUACGACGGGAAGGGGUCGUUCAACGCGUGGUUCGCCUUCUCGCUCGUGUUCAACUCCACGGCGCGCAGGGGCACCCUCAACCUCAUGGGCGCCGACCUCAUGGGCGAGGAGACGCGGGACAUCUCCGUCGUCGGCGGCACCGGCGACUUCUUCAUGGCGCGCGGCGUCGCCACGCUCCGCACCGACGCCGUCGAGGGGUUGCUCUACUUCCGCCUGCAGAUGGACAUCAAGCUCUACGAGUGCUACGUCUGAGGCCCUGAAUAUCACCUGAUGAGAUCAUGGGAUGCCGUAGGGAGGUGGUGGGAUUAAUAUGCUAGCAUACGCAUGUGCGGAACUGCCGAUUAGGACUUAGGAGUGAUGCAUGUAUGCUGAAGCUGCUGCCGAUGUGUUCGUGGUGUGAUGUGCGUUGCAUGCGUGGGCAUGUGGAUCGUGUGUCAUUGUCGUGUUACGCCAAUACGAGUGUAAAAUGUACCGCACCUUUAUUCUGUGUUAUAAAAACUCACUUUGCAAACGAUAACAGCCCUAGCUUAUCGCUGUAGAAGCACACACCAGCUAUUUCACCCAAAAGCCCGGUGCAUGUAGCUCCCACUUGCGCAGGGUCCGGAGAAGGGUCCGACCACUUUGCGUCUAUAGUACGCAGCCUUCCCCUACAUUUCUGUAAGAGACUGUCUUCAAGACUUGACAAUAGCUUUACCACUGCGCCAAGGCUCC